AUGUCGUGUUCUUAUUCCCCUGUUCCCGUGAAGAAGAAGCAGAACGGCUUGUCCCCCGUGGCGAUGGACCACCCUACUCCCCAGUGGAAGACGGGUACGAAGGAUGAAACUCCCCCGACCUCCCUCCAUGAUCCAUCUUCCCCGGACCCUCCCUCCCCCGGGGAGAAUCCGCCCCCAAAUGACUCCUCGUCCUCCACCCCCCAGCGUAAGCUCGCCACGACCCUCCACCCCCCUGACCCAAGCAAGCAAUUCCACCUCCACAUCGUCCCGAGUGCCCCCGGUUCCCUGAUGGAAUCAUCCCGCUCCGACCUCCAGCCCCCUCGCCUACCCAGCCCCCCCUCCGCCCCCGUGAUUGCGAACAAACUCCUGGAUCGGGUCCUUUUCCCCAAACCCAAGACCCCUGAUGCCGUCCCGGCCACCAAACCCACCUUUCUCCGGGUUCCCAAGCCCGACGCCAGGGAAAAGGAAGUCGUUCGUAGCAGCUGGGUCCUUACCGCCAAUCAUGCCGAGUCCGACGACGAACACGUGGCCGUCACGAUUCCCCUGGCGAUAAAAGUUCGGCGAGACUCCCUGGUGAAGAACCUUCCCGAGCUCAAGGAUGUGGAGCCAAGUUCCCCUUACAAGUCGCUCCGAUCCUCCGUCUCUUCCUUCUUCAAGAGGGCGAUGCUGGACGACAAGGCCGCCGUGAAGAUCUUCGUCGCCUUCCUCUUCUUGAGCAUCACGGUCGGCAUGGCCCUCACCUACAUCUAUUAUUAUCGCCAACUUCUCAUCCGGUACCUGGGUACUCAGAUGCACAUCGACGAGCGAGACCGGCGCGUGGCUUUCCUCAACUCCAGCCAGCAUCCGAUACUCACCGGACGGCUGGGGAUGGGACUCGGAGGGGACGCUGGACUCCUCUGCCUCCGACAGAUGGAGUUGGACUACGAUGAACUCUGCAUGGAAUGGAAGGGGAAAGCCCGCCUCUACGUCUCCCUGCAGCAGCACGGAUCCGGGGUGCAGUGCUACAACUUCAUGUGGUCGUCGCUGUUGACGCAGACGGAGCACCGGGACUGCUUCAGUCUGGUCGGCGCCUCGUGGUACGGCAUGGGAGACGGCUUCACUUGGCCGUUGAACCGACCAGCCGGGGAGGAUCAGCCGUUCUCGGUGAACCGGACCGCGUACGUCACCGGCGCCGGUCCGUUUGGGAGGAUCCUCCGACGCACCUGGUACUCCAGCGCUGGCGCCGUCAUCCACGUCCCGUACGAGCUGCCUCUUUUCGUCUCGGUGGAUUCGGAGGAACCGGAAAGCCUGUGUCUGUCGGUGGCCCAUCAAGAGCAGUACUACCGGGUGCCACCCGAGGAGUACCUCGAGCUCAACUACAGCGUCUGCACCGCAGACACUCUAAAGCUGGUUCGCAACGAGGUCGGGCCUCGCGGUCGCAAGAUGGGGGAGAGCGAGCCGCAAGGCACUACCCCCUUGCUGGCGUUCUUCAGGCCCGACCCCUUCACCGACUUCUCCCAGGCGGGACUCUUCAAGUUCCUGGAAAAACUGGAUACGGUCUACGGGAAAUCGCGAAGACCGGAAUACGUCGUCUUGGACCAGUCUUGGCAGCUCGACGUCGGGGACUACCGGUUUCACUCCAGGGCCUUCCCGAACGUCACUCGGAUCCUCAAGGAACUGGCCGAUCGGGANCUUCCCGAACGUCACUCGGAUCCUCAAGGAACUGGCCGAUCGGGAGAUGAAACUGGCCUUGGAAAUCUCCCCGUUCGUGAGCAUCGGUUCCCAGACCUUUAA